AUGGCUACUCCAACGAGAAUCCACAUCGAACCUCACAAUACAGCCAUCUUCAGCUCGAACAUGCGAGCAGAUGCCACUGACACCCUCAACGACCUCCUACAGGAGAACAUGGAGAACCACCAUGUAUAUUUUGGAGACGCUGGAAUGCACGACCACAUAGUCCACCAUCUCCUCGCCAUCUAUACACUCGGGGCCUCGGCCGAAUCCCUCAAAGAACAUUACUGCCGCGCAAGGCAGCAACAAUGGCCCGCUAUCGCCAUCGACGAGUCCGUCGUCCAGGCCCUCUCCGACAAGGCCACUUGGAAGAACUUCACGGGAAAUCAUCGGCAGUAUCAGAACUUCCUCGCCUUCUUCCAGCGGGAGCUCGCGAAGAAAAGCGUCGAAGACGUCCUACUCGAGUAUCUCUUCAAGGGUGAUGAACGCAGCGAUGAUAUGCUCGUCCGCAUGUUUAGUGGAAUCUAUCAUUCAUGGAUCCAUCUUGGCUACGCCUUGGAAUUCCGCCAGCCUUGCCUGGUCGCUGAGGCAUUGGCCCAAACGGCUAUCCACUGGACCUGGUCGUUGGAAAAGGUACUCAUGCCAGCUGAGCAGACUCGGCCAUCUUCUCCGAAGGAGAAGAAGCCGAUGCUUCAGAUCCUCAACGAGAUGCGUUCCGAUGCGAGCGUCACAAACGCCCCGAACUGGGAUGAUAUGUACAAGAUCCAGACGCUGUGCGACCGGGCUACAGACCGGCUGGUCCACCAUAUCAGUCAGUUUACAGUAGCGGAGGACGAGAUCGACGAGACAAUCGCGGAUAUAAUGGAUGUGAAUGCAUACAUGACCGCCGCCAGCCAAAACCCAACCAAAGAACUCAAACUCGACUUCUUCUUCAUCCACGGUGUAAACGCCACAAUCUUCCUCUCCAACCUCCUCUCUCUCCCUUUCAUCUCCACCGCAACCAAACUCCGCCUACUCACCUGGCGCGGCCGCAACGAUCUCAUCAUGUAUGCCUGCUGCCGAUGUCCAGCCCUCGACCCAGCCCGACUGACAGCGUAUCCGGCGCGCCAGGACUGGGAAACGCUGUUCGCGAAAGGUAUGGCCUGUCCCCAGGAGGACGGGCAUAUCUCGAAAAUGUUGCGUGCACUGGCGCAUGCGGAGCGGGUCUGCGCUGCGAUGGAGAGGGAGAAGGGGCGUCGGUUUCUGAUGACGGGGGAUGCGUGGUUAAAGCUAGGGAAUAUAUGUGUUGAUUCAGUGCCGGAUGAGGGGUCCAUGUUUGUUCGGUCUGCUGGGUGGGAGGAGGCGUGGGAGGAAUUUGGGGCAAGGAUGGAUUGA